AAUCUCUGAAAUUUAUUGACAACGACUGUAAAUCAGGAUAUGAAUCAUACCCUUUGUUGCAUGUUUGGUCCAAGCAAACAUUAUAUCCGUUGUAAACCCGUAGGCCGUUAUGAUAUUUGUGUUACCUUCGCUUAUCGCUUCGCUACAGACCAGCACAUUUAGUUAUGACGAAGCUAUUAUCAGCAUGAUACUAUUAGUUGUGAUAAGCAAAGUAAUCAUGACUCGAUACCAUUUGUACGAUUUACACAUACUUUCUCAUCCAAAGAAACACGGUUAAAUCAGUUCUCUGCUAUAUGUAUAAUAUUUUUUUUAAAGAACAAUUGUAACUAUUUCAAUACCCUUUGCACAUUACAUAAUCUCGAAAUAAAAUGAUCAACUUUACUUUAAAAAACUAUUAAUUUGUCAACAUGGCCGUGUCUGCGAGUGUUUUGUUUUGUUUUUAUAUUUUUAUUUUGAAUCGGUCCCUAACCGUUGGAGACACUCUUCCAGCGGCAGCACAACCAAGAACAUUUUCGUGCAUGAGAAAAUUUUCGGAUGGACAUAUAAUUCUCAGUUGUGAAGGACAUACGAGAAUUCCAACUGCAAAUGACGACAGUAAAUUCGACCACGAGAGCGGACCAAUAACCGUUCUUGACAUGAGCAAUAAAGGAAAUCAUUUGCAAACAGUUAAAAGUGACGAGUUUAAGAAUGCCGACUUACUUAAUUUGAAAGCUAUUAAACUGCAAAACUGUCAAAUCCGUACAGUAGAACGAGGCGCAUUCAGAGACUUGGAUGCAGUCGUAGAAAUCGAUCUCAGAAAUAAUAAUAUCGACACGUGGAACUUGGAAACAUUUGAAGUCAACAAUAAUCUACAACAUUUAUUUCUGAGUGGAAAUAAAAUUCAUCAAUUCAUGGGAUCCCAAUUUACUGAAUUGCCCAGUCUUAAAAAAAUUGACUUUAGCGAUUGUAAGAUUGGCAAAGUCCCAGUUACCGCUUUCAAGAAAUUGACGAGAUUACAAGACUUAGAUUUGAGAUCUAACAGAUUACGUCGGUUGGACUGGAAUACAUUUGAAAAUUUAAAUUCAUUGACUCAUAUUUAUUUGGAUAGUAAUGAAUGGCAUUGCGAUUGUCAUACGCGCUUUCUCCAAGCAUAUUUGUCCGAUAGGAAAAUCAAUAUUGGAAAUAGUGUGGUAUGCACUGGGCCAGAAAAAUUUGCAAACAUGAAAUUAAGUGCUAUUCCGCAAGAGUCGUUAACAUGUCAUCCUCAGAUAACAGGAAUUGCUUCAUUUGGUGCGGCUGAAAUUUUAACUCAAGGUGACAAUGCAGAACUCACUAGUGGUGAUCUCACUAUCUACUAUGAAGCAGGAAGAGAUAUCGGGCUUCAGUGUGCCGUUGAUGCAUUUCCUGAACCAAACAUAAUUUGGAUGAGGAAUGGAAGGCCAAUUACUAAUGAUUAUGGUAGAUUACACACUGGUGAAAACUCUGAAAAUUCUAAUGAAAAUGACGUGGAAAAGGACUUCCACUAUAAAAUCAUGGAUGUGACCGCCAAAACUUCCGAUGUGACCAGGACUGAAUUUCAAUACCAAUUUACUAAGCUGUUAACCAUUUACAACAUCAGUCGGCAUCAAGCAGAUUAUGAGUGCAUUGCAAACAACAUUGAAGGACAGGAUGAUAAAAAAGUAUAUUUCAAUUUUACCAAUGUUCCACAAGAGGAGGUUAACGGUGAUGUCAUCAUUGUAACCAAAGCUGGAAGUCGAACCUGGUUGUGGAUUUUGAUAGCAGUUUUGAUACUGCUCUUUAUUGCAUUAGUGACGGUGUGCAUCCUGAUUUGGAGAAAACGAGAUAACCAACGACAGAUAAAAUAUAGGCAAGAAAUGCUAGAUAAAUUCAAGGGUUCAGAAAUUAUAAUAGAUGACACAUUCGCAAGUCCUAAACAACCAAAUCACAGUUCCACGGUUCCUCUGUUAUUAUCAAGCGCUAUGAAAAAUAACACGAAUGUUACUGAGGUUUCCUCUCCGAGAAAUUCUAUUCUGCCAGACGUUGCUCAAGGAGUAGGAGGAAUUAAUAGUGACCCUAACCACACCCCAAGUUUGUCCCCAGUUGUGUUUUCCCCACGACCUCCUCAAAGUGCAGAUUUACGGCGACAAUUCUUUGCUGCUCAGGAACAACCAUCAUCAUCUCGGCCGGGAAGUGCAUUAUCUUUCGUUUACAAUAAUGGGCCAGCAUCAAAACAAUUUCCUGGUCAUUCUCAACAACUUUACAGUAACAGGAUCCAUGACGCUCGAAUAGCACAUUUACGAAUGGCUACAAGGAGGCCUUGGGGAAGUUCUCAAUCUCUGGUUCAUCACCCAGAAUAUUACGGAAGACCUGUACUCACCCGACAAUUUUCUGGUCCAGCUUAUGCAACAAUGAGAAUUCCUUCCAGAGAGCACAGGCCUCUCCCAAACAUGUGGGAAAUGAAUAAGGGUGGACCUGGCUAUGUCACUCUGCCAAGAAAUUUCACCCAUUCUUUUCAACAACAACAGCAAUCAGAUUCUGGAUGUCCAUCCGUGUCACCCACAGAGUCAAGUUAUUCAAUGUUUUCAUACACAUCAACCUUGCCUCGUAGGAAUCCUGCAAAUGUGAUUUAUGACUCCGUGGGUCCCAGAACGACGGUGGAUGGAGGUUCAAACGCCUCACUAAACAAAAUUGGCACUGAACCUAAAAUUGAUGCGUUGGACAGCAUCAGUUACGGAUUGGCCAGCCCCACCAGAGGAAAAAUUAGGCCAGGACGAAGUAGAACUACACCAACGCCAGGCUCCAUUCGUGGUAGGAAUGAUUUUUUCAGUUUCGAACCCAUCGCAGAAGUGGAUGGGAGUGAACAAGAUUUGGGAACCAUCAAUCCUGUUGACGACCCUGUUCUCCCAAAGUUGCAAGUAUAUCCUCAAAAUCAAGAAGCAAAAUAUAAGAAAAAGAAGCCUCCCCCACUGUCCGCUAUUCCCAUUAGAUCACGAAAACCAAUUCGAACCUUUCAGUACAGUAAAUUAGGGUCCUCGAAUGGUCAUGAUUACGAUGCAUCACUGGACGGUGAUAAAGUCGACGACGAUAAUAUUCCAGAUUUACCAGCAACCCCAAUCCCUUCAGCUGACAGACUUAAAAGCAGUAUAGAAAAUAUUAUCGAGGUCGUGGAGGGAACAGAGGUGUAAUUAAUAAUACGAGAUUUUACAUUAUACUAAUUAAGUUGUCUUCAAAAUUCUUUUUUGAUUUAUUCAUUUGGAAAACGCAUUAUGGUUAUAAUUUUAUAAGUUAGCAAUAUAUGGCUAUUUCUAAAAGUCUGGUUUUACAUUUCAAUUUUUGGUUUGGGCUCAUUUAUUUUCCACACAACUAUUCAAUUUAUUAUGUAAAAGUGUGUACAUAAAUUUCUUAUCUUCAUUGUAUAUAGUUUCAAUUCUUACUACAGUUUCCCAGUCGUAGGUCUGGGCAUACAUACCUACGUAAGAGAUACAAUACACACAUACAUAUGCAUACGAUGAUGAAUUUGAAUAAACUUUGGUAAUGAACUUUGUAACCUCACCGUAAGCAAUAAGUGCCACAGUAAUUACUGUUUAAAUUAAAAGCUAGUUGUAUGUAUUAAUUGCAAUACAGUUAAAAUAGCUUUUAACCAAAUAAUCCGAUCAGGCCCUGUGAGCAUUUGUGUUUAGCUUUUUCUGAUGAAAAGUUUUUAUAAAUAGCUUAAAAUUUAACAGAGUAUUAAAUCAGUCUCUGAGAACGAAUACAAAUAAAAAUACUUUCUUUUUCACAAUUAUAUGCGGUUUAAAAACAAUAUGGCAGUACAGUUUAAUGAGGAUUUGUAUAUAAGUAGGUAGUUCUUUGUAUAUAAUGCAACAAUAAAUUAUUACUUAUCACUGGGAAUUUUCAAGUAACAAAUAAA